AAAAAGGCAAAGUGAAUAUUGUGAACGUUCAGUCAAUUACGUUAAACAGUUUAUUUUCAAACACAUUUUUGUACAGAAACACUAUUUGUUGUAACAUUCAGUAUGAAGGCAUUUGCUCCAAACGUGUAUUGUUUUGUUACUGUGAUAACUCUUCUAAGCAGUGCCUGUGGAUAUAUUAUUUUGAAUACAAAUAGCUUGGAAGAUAUGAUUGAAAAUGAUAGCCGUAAAGAUGUUUUUUCCACAGCGGAUGAGUUGGCACUUUUGAAAUUAUUGCGCCCUUCCAAAUAUGACGAUUUACUGCUAGCUAAUUCAAAUGCAUUGGAUAAACAGAUUGACGAGAGUUUUGUGGAUGGAAAUAGACAAAAGAUGACGGACUUUGAAGUGCAAUCGAAACGACUUGCCUGCAUUCAAUAUGGUUGUAAACCUGGAAAGUAAGAAAUAUAAAGAGCAUACUCAAUAUAAAAAAAACUAUGGAAGAAUAAUUAAUGCCAUGUAUGAAUGUGACUUUAAACGUCACAGAAAAAUGACUGUGUAUUAAUGUGUACUAUCAUUCAAUAAUAAAGCAGAGUUUAGUAACCUCAA